AUGCAUGUGGUCGACAUGGACUCGGCAAUGUCGCCUAACUGCCCGUGUCAGGAUGGCCCACUCGCAAAACCAAGCGACGCCAUCCGAGUGACACCUCAUCAGCUCUGCGAUCGGUGCUCAACAGUCGUGCGAAAAUCUGCAGUUCUUCAGGAAUGCUUUCGUCGCUUAGAUGAAGGCGACCAACGCAGACAAGACUGGCGCCGAUGCGAGAUCUUUUACCACAGCCAAGGCGUGGAGGAGCUAGCCAAGUCUAGUCAGGCUGGUUGUCAUAUUUGUACUAUUGUACAUGACUCCAUGACCAAGUCGGCAGCUCCAAUACGCGAGCAUGGUCCUGUACUGGUGAAAGUAGGCAUCGAGCCAUUGCAGGACGAACUCAUUGAUAAUGACAGCCUGUCUAUGCGCUUCGGAAUUCUCACAGUUGAAAAAUGGAGAUACUACCGAGUUCAAGCCGGGUGGAAAGAGGAGGAUGGGACAGCGCUCAUAUACACUGGAGGGCCCUUGGAGGCGGAUCACUUGUUCCGGUACGGCUGCACUCGCCAACUUACUGUUUUAACCGAUAUGACAGACACCCAUUUUCUUCUUCCCAAGGAGGCAAGGGGAUAUCACUUGUCUCGUGGGCCAUCAACAGAAGCACCCGAGACCUUUGAACUUGCACGGUACUGGCUGGAGGAAUGUAUCAAAAACCAUGCUGAAUGCAAUUCACAUGGACUGCAGAUUUCGAAAUCCGAUGAGCUUCCGACCCGACUUAUUGACAUUGGGGAAGGUCCCGGGCAGCUCGAACCUCGCCUUUUCUACCCCUCGGCUUCCGCAUCUCCAACCGACCUAAAAUACCUGACAGUCAGCCACUCAUGGCACGCAACUGGAGUUACCGAGAAGCUCACGACCGAAAAUGAGAGCAAAUGGCUGCAGGGCUUACCGAUAGAGAAGCUAUCCCCGAAUUUCCGCGAUGCGAUGACGAUAACACGGCGACUCGGUUAUCGCUAUCUGUGGAUUGACAGCUUGUGCAUCAUUCAAGACUCUCGGGAAGAUUGGGAGAGAGAAGUGCCCACCAUGACCAAUGUGUACGGACGCACAACAUGCAACAUUGCGAUGGUUGGACAGGCCGGGGAUGAGGGCUGUUUCCGGCAAAGAAACCCUCUGGCGGCCUUUCCUUGCCGACUUUACGAGGCAGACGGGAAGCAAAGUCGCCUCUAUGCUUUCAUCGAAGGAUCAAACCGGAAAUUCAGUCGAGGCCCUGAAGAGAUAGUAGGAUCCUUCCCUCUUCUCAAAAGAGGUUGGGUAGUCCAAGAGGCUCUGUUGUCGCCCCGAACGAUCUUUUUCGGGGAUCAAGAGGUUUAUUUCCAUUGCACAAAACAAACAAUGUCCGAAUCCUGGCCCGUGGCGCUUGACCCGCAUAUCCGCCACUUUAAUCCCAGAUUUCUGGGGUUCAGCAAGGUCAGAGGGUUCCGGGAAUUCGGCCAAAUCUUCGAACAGAGUUGGAAGGAAAAGUUCAAAGGAGCCCAAUUCGACAUCAAGGAUGAGCGGAGGGCAGCCAUGGCGGCAAAGAACUUCCUGAAAAAGAGUCGACAGCUGCGUGCCAUGUGGAACCGGUUCUUGCUAUACUACACCGACACAAGUUUGACAUUCACGACUGACAGACUGGCGGCGGUUGUCGGCCUUGCGGAAGCCGUUGAGAAUUACACGGGGCUCACAUACAUCCCUCAAGCCGGCACCUUCAAGGAGUUCUUGCCUCUUGAUCUUCUGUGGUACAGGAACUUCCGUUCUGUUGACCUUCUAUGGCGCAAGUCGCCCACGGGAACGAAGGCCCCUUCGUGGUCUUGGGCUGCAAAUGAGGGAGAUGUGCUUUUCGACGAGAAGUCGUGGUUGGAGGGUUCACACGACGAUUUUGAGUACAUGGGUCUACUCCUUAACGUGUCAGUCCCUCCAGCCUUGACUUCUUCGCCACAAGGCUCGAGGCCGGAAGUCGUCAUCAAACUGAAGACGCUUAUCAACCGCCAGACGGCCCUUGGGUUAGGAAUGCGAGAGCCCCCUGGCUUUUGGGUGGAGUAUCUUCCCAAGGCGCGUCUCCAGGUGGUGCUCGAUGAACCCGUACAAGACGGAACUACCAUCUUCUUUGUGGUUGUGCUGCGGACUCGCACGUGGAAUAACUCUGGCUACGACAAACAUGUGUCAGGGUUGAUUCUGGUGCAAAAGGAUCCAUCGGUCGCGCAAGAAAUACCUGGGCAGACGUUGCAUAGGCGUGUAGGAUUCUUCCGUAUUGCUGAGCCGGCAAACGUAGGGGGCAUCCUCGAUUUCUUUGCUGGUUGUCCAAAGAGGGAGAUUUGCAUUUGUUGA